AUGAUAGUAUUUUUAUGUGAACCUUUAUAUUUUUUUUUUAAAUUUUUUUAUUGGUUUGUGAUAAUUAAUAUUUGUACUGUAAUAACAUGUUUAAAAAAUAAACAUAUUGAUUCAAAAAAUGAUAGAAAUUUGGAAUAUUAUGAAAAAGAUUAUCGUUCUUGUUAUGAUGAUUUUAAUGUAAAAUCGAAUUAUCAAUUAGCUAAUAAUGAUGUGUACUUAAAAAGAUCAAAAAAUAAAAAUGAUACUGAUGAAAAAUUUCGUAUAUUUUCAAAAAAAGAUGCUUUUACUGAUAGUAAACUUGAUUUGACACAAUCAAUACCUGGAAGUGAUAGCGAUGAAUAUAGUGAUAAAAAUAGAAAUAAAAAAGAAAGCAAUUCAGAGGGAGAAAAAAAACGUUUAAAAUCAUGUCUAAAAAAAUCAAAUAACUUUAAUAAAAUAUUAAAAAGUAAAAAAAAAGUUUCAUUUCACACAAAAAUAAAAAUACGUGUCAUUGAAUCUGAAGAAAUUCCAUCACUUAGAAUGACAAGUGAAUCUGAAAGUUAUGGUAAAAAGUCAGAAUCAACAGCAGAAUUAAAUAGACUCCGAAUGAAGAAAAAUAAUAAUCCUACAUAA